UGGAUUCUCCGUCUUCCCCUUCUCCGACCGCCUCCAAUUUCAGGUUUUCUUCCAAUUCCUUCUCCGAUUCUCAUCCCUCGUUCCUGUUUCAAAUUCCACUUCAAUGAAGUCACUAACCCUUUCGGCAGUGGCGGCCAACAACAGCGUCACUUCUAUCUUGCCGUUGACCGACUUCAGUUCAAGAUGCAGGAGAUGCUGGUAGAUUUGCUAGGUGUAGCCGGCCGCCGCUCUGGAAUUCCAAUGGCGGUUUGCUGCAGCUCGAGGGACGAACUCGAUGCUGUAUGCUCUGCAGUCUCCAACCUCCCUGACAUCUCUCUUGCGUCUCUGUACAGCGACCUAGCUGAGUCAGAAAGAACCCUAGUCUUGGAGACAUUUAGGCAAGCGACCAUCAAAUGGGCUGAGAGUGCUAUGACUAGUGUUCAGUUCGGGGACGAUGGUGAGAAUCAGAACAAUGAGAACAAGUCCCAGAUGAUAGUUGUAACGGAUGCUUGCCUUCCGGGAGUUCUCAGUGGCGAAUCAUCUAUCGCUGCUCGUAUCCUGAUCAACUACGAGCUACCAACGAAGAAGGAAAUGUACAUGAGACGAGUGAGCACAUGUCUAGCUGCAGAUGGGAUUGUUAUCAACGUGGUUGCCGGUGGGGAAGUUGUGACCUUGAAGAAUGUGGAGGAAAGUUGUGGCCUUCUCAUUGCUGAAAUGCCUAUAAAUAUAGCUCAUGAGGCUACUAGCGCUGCUAAUGCCGAGAAAGAAGACUCGCCUACAGAUGUGGUGGAGCCGUUCUCUCAACUUGCAGAGAUGGGAAUGUUGCCUCCAGACGAGGAGUUGGUAGAAGCGGCUUGUAAGAGCGCUGAGAGGAGUCCAGAUGUGAUUAUCACGCAUGAGAGGAAUAUGACUGACGAGGAGACAGACCGUCUGUACAGCUACACACCUGAGGAAUGGCUUGCAACACUAAAGACCCCAGAGUUCGAGAGAUCAAAGAAGAACCCAUAUGCUUCUUCAUCGUUAUAUUAUUUGUCGAAGGAUGUGUCGACAAAGCUCGACCCAGUUGCUCGUCGUAUGGUUGAGUUCGUCUUCAGUAACCCUGAGGGUAAGGGCUUGGUGGUGCACACUCCUUCAGUUAAACUCGCCCGUCUUCAUCUGUUGACAUUGAAGCGAUUAGAGUGGGUCAAUCUACAAGUGGUUGAGGCUUAUGGUAAUUUCUUGAACGAUAAAGCACUUGCUGGUGACAAGAACAGAGUUAUCUUUCCGUUCACUUUUGGUAUGAAGACGGGCGAGUUUAACUGA